AUACGAGUGGUUUUUCCCGCGACUCUAAAUAGGUACACUUAAUAUUUUGCUCAUUCAUAAAACUCAAUUCGUCUGGAUCGCUCAGACGGUGAGGUCGUGUGAUUCGCGUCUUCAUCAUCAUCAUCAAAAUGUCUGACAGUGAUGUUCAUUACAGUCGCAUCCCCAUACCAAACACCACGGCCUUCAAACCUCCACUCGUGUCAGUGGUGGUGGAAUACCUCGUCCUUGCGAUGACUCUAACAGCGUUCAUCUACGGCGUCAUCUCAUGGUGUCUCAUCGAGAAAUUCCGGCACUUCAGAAACUUUGUCUACAUCAACGCUGUCGUUUCCAGUUUGUUGCGGCUCUUGACAGUGUCCAUCAUCAUACCGUGCGUGAUGCAAGUCAUUGUGAUCGACGACAAAGACAUCCUGGACAUCUGCCGCUACAUCUGCACCUACUUCUCCGCCGUGCAGAACUAUUGGAUGCUGGUGAUCUGUUACAUAUUCUACGUGGACAUUGUGAAAGUGUUUCGUGGACAUGUGAAGAGAAAAUACUUGAAGUGUUGUCUGUUUGCGUGGGGCAUACCGUUUGUGACAUUUCUAACUUAUUAUGUGUUUCUAUAUGUCAAUAGGAAGGCCAAGUUUUAUGCGAGCCGUUCCACGUUAGAUUAUUUUGCUGAUUCUGUUGAAGUGUUUAUUAUUGUGUCGCCUUUGAUGAUUAAUUGUGGGUUGUACGCCGCUGUGUUGAUUGCUCUGUGUCAUUGUUUUAAGCCGAAAGCUCCGACAGCUACAGAAAAUUGGCGUCGUUUCUAUAUCGCCACGUUGUUGUUCCUCCUGAGUGAUGUUAUAGUGCUGUCGUCGUUCAUUUGGGAUGUGAUGAGUGUCACUUUCGUUUUGCGAGCAGUUAUGUCAAAAUUGCAGCAGUUUGCGAUAGCUUUAUUUCUGCCGUUAUUAAGGAGUAACAGGGAUUUGUGGCAAAAGUAUUUUGCAAAGAAACUGUCCAAUAAAAACAUACCUUGAGAAUCUUAAGAGUGAACAUUGAAGCCACAUUCGUCUUGAGAGGAUUUUGUCACAAAAUUUUAAAUUAUUCAAAGUGAUCUGAAUGUAACUAUGAGUUGAAUUGAAAGUGUAUGAUAUAAAAAUAAGAGUGAAAUUAAAAAUGUUGCAAAACUGUUUGUUGUGUGACCUUGAUCUUGUGUUUCA